UUCGAGGAUUCGUUGCCAGCGCGUGGACCUCGAGUCGUCUCGCGACGGCGCUGUUGGACGUAACAUUAACGUCCGUCAGUGUUAAUUAGGAUACAAAAUACAUAGAUCGCGAAUUUGAAACUUGGUAGAAUAUUUUAUUCCUUCCAGUUAUUGUUGUCGUUGUUUAUUUUUGCUAGUGUAAACCGCGAAAUCAGCGACAGAAGUGUUGCAGCGAGAUACGCCCCUCGGCGUAAAAUAGGCCGCGGAUUAACGGCCGCAAAGAAGAAAAAGAAGAAGAAGAAGAAGAAGAGCUUGCGAGACUGUCGAAGACGAAGACGAGAGUGAAGACGUUCCUUCACGUCGUUCGCCUCAUCGCUCACCGAAUUAUUCCCGCUAAUCUACGAAGCGCGAGUCACGCGUUUCCACGGAAGACAUUGUUUUCUUUAAAAAUAUCCGAAACCGCGGUGCGACAUCAAUUUUGACAAUAUGCCAGGAGCAGGGGGGCAGCAGCAGCCGCAGCAGCAACCCCAGAGGACGACCUUUCGCCCACCCUGGGUCAAAGAGGGCCCCAACCCUUUACCGAUGCCCGCCGCACCCUGGACUCUAAAUUCCAGGAGGGAAUCCAGGCCCAAAACCGACGAGCCACCGGCCUUCACUCAAGUCACUCUCAAGAGCGUCCCGAAGCCGGUCGAAGCGCCGAUCAACUCGACACCCGCAGCAGACGAAGCGCCAACACGAAAACAGAGCAAGAUUACAAUCAUCCCGUCGCAGCCUAAUACUCGAGAAACCGCGAGUAAGCCGGAAACGGUGAGCAAACCGGAACCCGCGAAAACAAAACCCCGGGAAAAUGGAAGACACGAAGCUCACUCUAGACCCCAACUCGAGCGGCAAAUUCGUGUCGAAAAAUCAAGAUCUCGCGCCGAUGUCGUUCCGCUUUCUAAGAGCGAAAGCACAACAGGAGCACCCACACUAUCAAAAAGUUCAUCGAGGGCGGCUAUACCGCCUCCACCGCCUCCUAGGCCACCACCUCCACCGCCAGCUAGAACCAUUUUGAAGGAAUUGCCACCCCUCAGUGAUAAGCAGCAAAAAGUGAUAGAAGCUUUGAAAUCAAGGCCAAGAAAGCGACCGGAUUGGGCAUGUAUGAUGAAGGAAGUAGAGAGCGGAAGAAAAUUGAAGCAUGUCAAAUGCAACGACAGAAGUGCACCGAUACUCGAAAGAGUUAACAAAGUUGUCGAGGACCCUGCCGGCAAUGCCCAUUUUGUGUUCGAAUCAGAGAAAUCGAACAUGCACAACAAGCUGCUGCAACAGAUCCAAUCGGGGGUGAAGUUAAAAAGCGUAAAAACCAACGACAGGUCAAAACCGAUGCUGCAGGGUCUGAGAAAGUUCCGUAGGCAGAUGACGAUCGAGGAACAGAUACAAAAGGCCGAAGUCGCGCCCGUCGAUGAAGUCGUCCCCGAUGAGAUGGACGACAUAGACGCGGUCCGCGACGAUCUACAAAGUACGAAACAGAUGCUGGCUAUCGAACUGCGAAACAAAGAGGCGGUCGAGAGGGAUAACAAGAGAUUGCAGGCGAGGAUCUUGAAUCUGGAGGUCGAGCUUGAGCGCGAGAAGUCUCAGAAAACGGUUCAAGAGUACAAGAAACAGGACGAGAAGUUGGCCGAGUCCCUCAAGCGGGAGGUCGAACAAGCGAGAAAAGAGGCUGAACGUAUGGAGAAGAACUUUGCUGCGGUUGCGGAGGAGAAGGAUAAGGUGAAGAACGAGCUCGAGGAGAUGAAGAGGAUGUACGCGGCUUUGGAGAGACGCAUGAAGGCUGAGAUAAACUUUAGUCUGCCAGAGCCAUGGUCAGAUGUCGAUUCAGAAUUGGAAGUAGAUGAAAGCGCGGACACGUCCUCGUCAAAUUUUUCAGGCAUGGCAUUAGCUGGGUGUCCCAGUGCCAAGGAUGUCGCAAAGAUCGCCUCCCAGAAGAGCGUCGAUCAGCCGGAAUAUGAGAGCGAAGAAGAGGAGGAGGAAAGCAGCGAGGAGGAUGAAGACGUUGAUCCUAGUGUCGCAGCCGAAAAACGGGUUCAAAGAGAGCUCAAACUUUUGACUACAAAGAUAAAAACCUUCAAGGAUAAAGCAGCAAAUGCCAAAAAGGAGAGGCAUGCAUUGCGGGAGCAGAUAAAACAGCAGCAAAAGUUGUUGAAAGAAGAAAAGAAGAAAUUCAAGCGACUCCAAAAAGAGGUCGAUAAAAUGGCUAAGCUUAUGCACGAGGAGGAGGAAGAUGAAGAACCGGAGGAAGAGGAAGAGGAAGAAGAAGAGAGUGAAGAGUCUGACGAGGAAUCCGAAUCUGAAGAGUCGGAGGACGAGGAAGAGUCCGAAAGCGAGGAUGACAAUGCUCCGGUUGAAAAACGCAAAAACAGUUUACAGACACAAGUCAAAAGGCACGAAGGGCGUUUGGCUACGCUAAAGAAAGGAAAUUAUCUACUCAAGGCAACGGUUGAUCGUUUAAAGGAUGAUUUAGCGCGGCAACGUGAAGAAAGCAUUACUCUACAGGAAGAUUUAGACUCCGUGUUAGCCGAACUAGGCUGAUGUAUCAAUGGUAUAUCGAUAAAAUGUUAAUCCAUAUACUUUAGGGUGUUUCAUAAAAAAAUAACUUGCCAUUUUCUAUUCUGGUACCCUCAAAAAAGUUUGCUUAGGUUAAAAGUAAGAUUCUGUAAGAAACAGGAUCUUUUUCCUAACCUAAACAAAGUUUUUACAGGGUGCUAUAGGCCUCUUGCGUACCUUUCAAGUACGCUACUAGUGUACAUGAGACCUGUGUACGUAUACAGUCGUCAGCGCCGCCUAACGUGGUCGUCUGACAAAACUCGGACGUUGAUUCCAUAUAUGUACACAGCAAUACAAGCACGUUUCCUUCGCUUGAAAGGUACGCAAGAGGCCUAUAAAACCACGAAUUACUUUUUUCUGAAACAACCUAAAAUGCAUACAAUACAUACAUAAAUACACAAUAUAAAUAUACACUAUACACUGUACACGAAUUAUACUAAAAAUCAUAAUAAUAGUUAUAAGCGUACGAAUAACAGUAGUGAUUGAUAAUCGUACCAUGUGAUGAAUUACAUA